AUGUCGCAAAACCGACCUCCCUACGAAGGUGAGGAAGGCUACGGCUACCAUCCAGACCACCAGCAAGCUAGUUACGAUGGCCAGUAUGCUGAUUCGUACGACCAGGAUACCGGUGCGGUGCACGCAGAUGAUCAGUUCUACUACACCAACGAGCAACAACCGUACUACUCCAAUGGUCAGGGCUACGAAGGUUCGUAUGCCUACUCAGAGGGCGGUUACUCUACCGAUCCUUACCAGAGCAGCAUCCAGCAGGGCCGCUAUGCCUCCCAGAGCAACUUCCAGGCCCCUGGAGGCGCGUACCACGGCAUGCCCCGUCGCAUCCCCGACUCGGCCAGUGAGACCUUUAGCGAUUUCACAAUGCGUACUGGCCAGGGCGGUGAGUACUACGACCAGAGCGGCUACGAUGGCGAUGGCUACGACAGUAGUUUCGCGCCCCGCCGCCGCUCCGGCUCGUCCACCCCAAUCUACGGUGAUCUGAACGCGCACCUCCAACGGGCUCGCGAGCCCUAUCCUGCUUGGACCCAGGAAAGCCAGGUGCCGAUCAGUACCGAGCAGAUUGAAGAUAUUUUCAUUGAUCUCACCAACAAAUUCGGCUUCCAGCGCGACUCGAUGCGUAAUAUGUUUGACCACUUUAUGACCAUGCUCGAUUCUCGUGCUUCGCGUUUCACCCCUAACCAAGCUUUGCUCUCACUGCAUGCCGAUUACAUUGGUGGUGAAAACGCCAACUAUCGCAAGUGGUAUUUUGCUGCCCAAAUUGAUUUGGACGAUGAAAUUGGGUUCCGCAACAUGAAACUCGGCAAAACAUCUCGACGUGUCCGUAAAGCUCGCAAGAAGUCCAAGACUCUCCGUAACGAGAACCCUGAGGACGCUCAGAAGACAUUAGAAGAACUCGAAGGUGACUAUUCGCUAGAGGCUGGCGAGUACCGCUGGAAGAGCCGCAUGAACCAGCUAUCUCAGCAGGAGCGUGUUCGCCAGGUGGCCUUGUACCUGCUUUUGUGGGGCGAGGCUGGUCAGGUCCGUUUCACACCUGAGCUGCUGUGUUUCAUCUACAAGUGUGCUGACGACUAUUUUUUGUCACCCGAGUGCCAAAACCGUGUCGAGCCUGUUCCUGAGGGUGAUUAUUUGAACCGUGUCGUCACUCCUCUGUACCGUUUCAUUCGCUCGCAGGUUUAUGAGAUUGUCGAUGGCCGUUUUGUCAAACGCGAGCGUGAUCACGACAAGAUCAUCGGUUACGAUGAUGUCAACCAACUGUUUUGGUAUCCUGAGGGUAUGGAGCGUAUCGCUUUCGAGGAUGGUACCCGAAUGGUCGAUUUCCCUCCCCAUGAGCGUUACUUCAAGCUCGGUGAUGUUGUCUGGAAGAAGGUCUUCUUCAAGACCUACAAGGAAACCCGCUCUUGGUUCCACAUGGCCACGAACUUCAACCGUAUCUGGGUUAUUCACAUUACCGCUUUCUGGUUCUAUGCCUCCUACAACUCACCUGCUAUCUACACCAAAGAUUACUCCUACCUUCUUAAUCAGAAACCGCUGGGACAGACUGCUUGGGCUGCUGCUUCUAUUGGUGGCACAAUUGCUAGUGGUAUCCAGAUUAUUGCUACGCUAUCUGAAUGGGCUUUUGUUCCUCGCCAAUGGCCUGGUGCUCAGCACCUCACUCGCCGUCUCAUGUUUUUGAUUCUAAUUCUCAUUGUUAACCUCAUCACACCAGUAUACGUUCUCGGUUAUGUUGGUUACCGCCACUCCACGUCCGCCAAAGCAGUUGGUAUCGUCGGCUUCCUGAUCUCUAUCUUCACUUUCAUCUUCUUCUCUAUCAUGCCUUUAGGAGGUCUGUUUGGCAGCUAUCUCAAUAAGCGCACUCGUCGUUAUGUUGCCUCUCAAACUUUCACUGCAAGCUUCCCUAAGCUCAAGGGUGUUGAUAUGUGGCUUUCGUACCUCGUUUGGGUUACUGUUUUUGGCGCGAAGUUGGCUGAGUCCUACUUCUUCCUGAUUUUGUCUCUCCGUGACCCUAUUCAUGAUUUGUCUCAGAUGGAUAUGCGUUGUACCGGUGAAGUUUGGUGGGGUGAUAAGCUUUGCAAACAGCAGGCUAAGAUUACGCUCGGUGUCAUGUGUGCCACUGAUUUGGUUUUGUUCUUCUUGGAUACUUACUUGUGGUAUAUUAUCGUUAACACCAUCUUUUCGGUUGGUCGUUCGUUCUACUUGGGUAUCUCCAUUUGGACUCCUUGGCGUAACAUUUUCAGCCGUUUGCCCAAGCGUAUCUAUUCCAAGGUUCUUGCCACUAACGAUAUGGAGGUCAAGUAUAAGCCAAAGGUGUUGAUUUCCCAGGUCUGGAAUGCUAUUAUCAUCUCAAUGUACCGUGAGCACUUGCUGUCCAUCGACAAUGUUCAGAUGCUGCUCUACCAUCAGGUUCCUAGCGAGAUUGAGGGUCAGCGCACUCUCCGUGCUCCCACAUUCUUCGUUGCUCAGGAUGAUAACCAGAUCACCAGCGAAUUCUUCCCGCCCAACUCCGAGGCUGAGCGUCGUAUCUCGUUCUUUGCUCAGUCGCUUUCCACUCCAAUGCCCGAGCCUGUCCCCGUCGAGAAUAUGCCCUCGUUCACUGUUUUGGUCCCUCACUACUCUGAAAAGAUUCUUCUGUCAUUGCGCGAAAUUAUCCGUGAAGAGGACCAGUACACUCGUGUUACUCUGCUUGAGUAUCUAAAACAACUGCACCCGGCUGAAUGGGAAUGCUUCGUUAAGGAUACCAAGAUUCUUGCUGAGGAAUCUGCCGAGUUCCAGGACCGCGACCCUGAUGAGGAUCGUGAGGCUGUUCGUAACAAGAUCGAUGAUCUGCCUUUCUACUGCAUUGGUUUCAAAUCUGCUAAGCCCGAGUACACUCUGCGUACCCGUAUCUGGGCUUCUUUGCGUUCCCAGACUCUUUACCGUACUGUUUCUGGCUUCAUGAACUACUCUCGUGCGAUCAAGUUGCUUUAUCGUGUUGAGAACCCCGAAAUCGUUCAAAUGUUCGGUGGCAAUACGGAGGCCCUGGAGCGUGAGCUUGAUCGUAUGGCCCGCCGUAAGUUCAAGUUCAUUGUCUCUAUGCAGCGUUUGACCAAAUUCCGCCCCGAGGAGAUGGAGAAUAUGGAGUUCUUGCUCCGUGCUUAUCCCGACCUACAGAUCGCCUACCUUGAUGAGGAGCCCCCGGAGAACCCUGGUGAUGAGCCUCGUGUUUACUCCGCUCUCAUCGACGGUCACUGUGAGAUUAUGGAGAAUGGCCGUCGUCGUCCCAAGUUCCGUGUUCAGAUUUCCGGUAAUCCAAUUUUGGGUGACGGCAAGUCUGAUAACCAGAACCAUGCUCUGAUCUUCUACCGCGGUGAGUAUUUGCAGCUUAUUGAUGCCAAUCAAGAUAACUAUCUUGAGGAGUGUCUUAAGAUCCGCUCUGUUUUGGCUGAAUUCGAGGAGUUUAACCUUGAAAUCGCCAAUCCUUACACCCCAGGUAUGCCAAAGGACACAGUCUCCCACCCUAUUGCCAUUGUUGGUGCUCGUGAGUACAUUUUCUCUGAGAAUGUUGGUGUUCUUGGUGAUGUUGCCGCCGGUAAAGAACAGACAUUCGGAACCUUGUUUGCUCGUACCCUUGCUCAAGUUGGUGCGAAGCUGCAUUAUGGUCACCCCGAUUUCCUGAACGCUAUUUUCAUGACCACUCGUGGUGGUGUUUCGAAGGCUCAGAAGGGUCUGCACUUGAACGAGGAUAUUUACGCUGGUAUGAACGCUUUGAUGCGUGGUGGACGCAUCAAGCACUGCGAGUACUUCCAGUGCGGUAAAGGUCGUGAUUUGGGUUUCUCUUCCAUUCUCAAUUUCACUACCAAGAUUGGUACAGGUAUGGGUGAACAAAUGUUGAGUCGUGAGUACUACUACAUGGGCACCCAAUUGCCUCUUGACCGCUUCUUGUCCUUCUUCUAUGCUCAUCCAGGUUUCCACAUCAACAAUAUGUUCAUUAUUGUUUCGAUCCAAAUGUUUAUGAUUUGUCUGAUGAAUAUCGGUUCUCUAUCUUCUGAGUCUAUUGUCUGUUGGUACAACAAAGACAAGCCGCAGACUGACCCUCACAUUCCUGGUGGCUGCUACAUGCUUCAGCCGGUGCUUGACUGGAUUGACCGCUGUGUUUUGUCUAUUUUCAUCGUUUUCUUCAUUUCAUUUAUCCCGUUGGUUGUUCAAGAGCUGUGCGAGAAGGGCUUGUGGCGUGCGGUUACUCGUUUCUCGAAGCACUUUGCCUCGCUCUCUCCUCUGUUCGAGGUGUUUGUCUGUCAGGUCUAUGCCUCUUCCCUGUUGAGUGACUUGGCACUUGGUGGUGCUCGUUACAUUGCAACUGGUCGUGGUGUUGCCACUGCUCGUAUUCCUUUCUCUGUUCUGUUGUCUCGCUUUGCCAAUGACUCUAUUUAUCUGGGUGCUCGGUCUAUGUUGAUGUUGCUGUUUGGUACUAUUGCCAUGUGGCGUGCAUCACUGCUGUGGUUCUGGUUGACUUUGACUGCGAUGGUUAUUUCGCCAUUCAUCUACAACCCCCACCAGUUUGCAUUCACGGACUUCUUCAUUGACUACCGCGAUUUCAUCCGCUGGCUCACCCGUGGUAACUCCAAAUGGCAUCGCAAUUCCUGGAUUGGCUACGUUCGUAUGCAGCGCACCCGUUUGACUGGUUUCAAGAGGAAGGUGCUUGGUGACGUUUCCGAGAAGGUUGCUGGUGACUCCAACCGACCCACCUUCUUCAAUCUGUUCUUCAGUGAAGUUGCUGUUCCUGCUAUUGUUGCUGCUUUGGCGUUUGUUCCCUACACGUUCAUCAACGCCCAGACUGGUGUCAACACCAAAAACAACCCCCAGCUCGACAGCGUUGAGGAGGUCAACUCUGUUCUGCGCGUUAUCAUCUGUACCUUGGCACCCCUUAUCAUCAACGCUGGCUGCGUCUUCAUUAUGGCUUGUAUUGCCUGCUGUGCUGGUCCUCUUACCCAGUUGUGCUGCAAGCGCACUGGUUCUGUUAUGGCCGGUAUCUCGCAUGGCGUUGCGGUCAUCAUUCAGGUUGCUUUGUUCGAGGUCAUGUGGCUGCUUGAGAACUGGAACUUCCGCCGUGCGCUGCUUGGAACCAUCACCUGCAUUCUGAUCCAGCGUUUGAUCUGUAAGAUUUUGAUUGCCACUACACUCACUCGUGAAUUCCGGGCCGACAACGCUAACCGCGCUUGGUGGACCGGUAAGUGGUACGGAUCUGGUAUGGGCUGGAUGGCCUGGACUCAGCCUGCCCGUGAGUUUGUGUGCAAGGUUGUUGAGGCUGAAAUGUUUGCCGGUGAUUUCCUGCUCGGCCACCUGCUUCUCUUCUUCCAGCUGCCCGUUUUGUGCAUUCCUCAGAUUGAUAAGUGGCACUCGAUGCUGUUGUUCUGGCUCAAGCCCGGCCAACAGAUCCGUCCGCCCAUUUUCAGCGUUAAGCAGAACAAGCUGCGCAAGCGUAUGGUCAAGAAGUACGCGACCUUGUUCUUCACCAUUUUGGUUAUUUAUGUUGUGAUCAUUGUUGCUCCAGCAGUUGCUGGCCACAAUAUGGAUCUCGGCGACAGUUUGCACUUUGGCACUAUUUCCGAUGGCCUCGUCCAGCCUAAGGGUCUCCUGAACAACGAUACAGGUAUUAAUGCCACUACCGACUAUCCCACAACAUUGACUUCGUACGACUUUGUGAAUACCACUAUCGCCUAA